UAUUAACCAAACAGGUCAAGAUAAAGUUUGGUUUUUAGCCGAUGAAGCUUAUUAUUUCGUUAUUAACAGACAAAGAAAUUCGACGUUAUUGCUUUUUUAAAUUGUUAUUCAGAAAACAGCUGUCUUCUCAUCACCAGUCUGUUCAAAAAGAAAACAUGGAGAAGAACCCUGAUUACGACAAAUUACUCGGCGAACUGGCCAAGUUCCUGGACACUCUGGAGGGCUCGGACUGGAGCGAGUUCACCGAGAUGGAAGAGGCCCUUUCCGAGCUGAAGGGACAACUCGCCCUUUUCAGGGAUCAUCUCGUAACCAACGGCGACCUGGAAAAGGCAUCCGUCGAAGACACACUGAGGGACCUCAUUCUCUCGGAGAUGGCAGAGAUGACCUCGCUGAUGGUCAAGCUCAGCACAAAUCAGCAGACUCUCGAGCCUUUGAAGACGAAGAACCAGAAGAAGUAAAGCGUUUUAAUUAUACGUUGUUUUUAACCGUGAAGUGUGUGGUUUCCCUGAUAAGCGUUGCAUGUUAACGUGUCCGAAGGUGGGAAAGUGAGCGAUACGAAGUUUUCCCCGCCCACCUAAGUCGAAGUUUGCACAACGGGCCCCUCGUUGAGCAAUUACUGUGUCUACAUGUCCGCAACUCCUUAAGUGAGAAACACUUAAUAAAGCCGCAAAGAGGCUCCUUCGAGGCCUAUUAGCCUCACGUCGAUCCGGAAUUACUGGAGAAUAAAACAACUUAUAAACCGA